AUGGUGAGUGAAAUUAAAAAAGAAGAAGUUGCUACUGAGUACAAGCUGUUGCUUGAAGCUAAAACAAAACGCAUGAAUAAGAUGAUGGAUACUAAGCUUGAUGCCUUUAGACAAGAGUAUCAGCCCCAAUACUCUGAUCAAAGGCGUGGCCAAAGGAGAGACAUGCAUAAUCCGAACCAACAAGAACAUGCUGGAUCGCAAGAGACAGACGACUACUAUGAGCACGUCAGUUCCGGUUUCAGACAAAGCCAGAGAAGGCAAAGGCGUGCACAUGAAGGUAGAAGAGAUGAGCUAGCUGGUGUGAAGCUCAAGAUAUUCCCGUUCCAUGGAAAGGCCGAUCAAGACGCUUAUCUAGAAUGGGAGAAGAAGACAGAGCUCGUCUUUGAUUGCCAGCAAUACUCUCAAGCUAGGAAGAUCCGAGUAGCUGCAACAGAGUUCUAUGACUAUGCCCUGAGUUGGUGGGAUCAAUUAGUCACAAGCAGAAGGCGCAAUGGAGAAGACCAUGUUGAUACAUGGACUGAGAUGAAGACUAUCAUGCGGAAGAGGUUUUUUCCGAGCCACUAUCAUCGUGAUCUCCACAACCGGCUGAGGAAACUCACACAAGGAUCACGCACCGUGGAAGAAUACUAUCAAGAGCUGGAGAUGCUUAUGUUGAGAGCUUGUGUCUCGGAAGACAGGGAAGCUACUAUGUCUCGAUUCCUUGGAGGAUUAAACCGUGAAAUACAAGAUAACUUGGAGAUGCAACAAUAUGUGGAGAUAGAAGAGAUGUUGCACAAAGCCAUGCUAGUGGAACAACAGUUCAAAAGAAAAGGCCCCUCUCGCUCUAGCUAUGGAACAAGCAAGUAUCCAAGUUCUAAAUAUGAGAAACCAAACUAUCAGAAGGAGAGCACGCCAUAUCAGAAAGAAGAGGCCAAGCCAAGCAUAGUCUACAGCAAAGAUAAAAGAAAGGCUGAAGCUACUAGUUCAAGAGCUAGGGAUGUAAAGUGCUUUAAGUGUCAAGGAAGAGGACACUAUGCUAAUGAAUGCACCAACAAGAGAAUCAUGAUCCUUCUUGAGAAUGGCGAGUAUGAAUCUGAAGAUGGAGAGAAUAAAGAAGAAGAAAAAACCCACUCUGGAGAAGAUUAUGAAGAAGAACCAGUACGUGGAAGGUUACUAGUAGAUAGAAGGACUCUAAACUUGCAAACUAAGACCGAGGAGCUUGAGCAAAGAGAGAACCAGUUCGACACAAGAUGUCUGGUCCAAGGAAAGGUUUGUAGCCUUAUUGUUGAUGGAGGGAGUUGCGUGAAUGUUGCUUGUGAGACUAUGGUAACGAAACUUGGAUUGAAGAUCCAAAAGCAUCCUAAACCGUACCGUCUACAAUGGCUCAAUGAAGAGGGCGAGAUGAGAGUGUCUACUCAGGUGAUGGUUCCUUUGGCUAUUGGAAGGCAUGAAGAUGAAGUCUUGUGUGAUGUCUUGCCUAUGGAAGCUGGACACAUUCUUCUCGGGAGACCUUGGCAAUCAGAAAGCCGUGUGAUCCAUGAUGGCUACACCAACAAACACUCUUUUGAGUUUAAAGGCAGAAAGACAGUCUUUAUACCAAUGACUCCUAAAGAAGUUCAGCAAGAUCAAAUUCAGCUCCAAAAGAAGAAAAAAAUUGAUCUACCACCAGAUAAGAACAAGCAACAGAACUUCUAUGUCAAAGCUGGUGAUAUCAAAAGAACUCUCUAUUCUAAGCAACCUGUUCUAUUACUAGUUUUUAAAGAAUAUCUUCUAACUUUGACUGAUCUUACACCGGUAUAUCCGAGUGAACUUGUUGCUCUUUUACAGGAAUAUGAGGAUGUGUUUCCAGAGGAGAGUCCCAUUGGCCUACCACCCAUACGUGGGAUUGAACAUCAGAUAGAUUUUGUACCAGUAUCAACACUACCAAACUGA